AUUAUUAUUGCAAUCUAGGAUCACAGAAAUGAGCUGAUGCCAAUCCAGCCAUCAUCACAUCAUUUGUGCACGGUCCACAACAAACUAAACUGAACGUGGAAAAGUGCUGGCUAGCUAGCUAGAGUGGAUGUUAAUCUCUGCCAUCUAUCGUUCGUUCGACCAACAGUACGUGGGUUCUGGUCAAGACGAAUAACAGAAAUUUAUUCGAGUAAACUAUCGGAUAGAAACAGAUCACAAUGAACAGUCAAGACAAGGAAUGUUUGCAGCAGGGAACUCCUUCCAAACAAGUCCGAGCUCAGGCGCCAGCAGUCAUUACUCCUUCUACUUCGUCUAGUAGUAGUAGCCAAGAAUCUUCCAAAGACGGCGCUUUAAAGGAGUCAAACGGACGCAUCAUUUGCAAGAAGGAGUCAAACCGACGACACGGCAAAAAUGAGAAUCCGAGAUCCAAGCGAUCGCUGAAUUUCGCUCCUUCCAGUUCAGCCGAAGAUCAUCCUUCCAUAGUGGUGGACGGAACAAAGAUGCUGCGAAUGAUGGGUUCCACCUCCUCUGUUGCUACCAAGGGGUCAUCCACAAGCCGCAAGAGAAAGAAUGAUGACGGGCAGUCACCCAUCUCCAAAGUCGCAAAGACGCAAGUCAAGAAUGUGGUUUCGCCAGAGCCUGUUGCGAAUGAUAUCGACGAAAUGUCAUCCCACCAAAACCAGCAAGAUAUAAUCCACGAUCUACGCAAAGAAAACAAGCGCCUACAAGAGCUUUUGAAGAAGGAACAGAACAAACGAAACGAGAGUCAACAACUCCUCCAACAAGUGGUCAACGAACAACAACAAGAGCAACCAAGGUUCGGGACAAGAUCGUCUCGAAAACAAACACACCAAUUCGCAAUCAAGGAUGUAGACUAUGAUCGAUGGCUCGAUGUAGAAGUACCCACCAAGUGUUGCCGAGGAAGAGCCACUCGUUGUGUCAUGUGGAAGAAACUAGCUACCCUCAUCAAGAAUGCAUUUCGCGACGAGGGCGUUGGCAAGAAGAAACUCUUGAAAAGGGCAGUUAUUACCAUGGACCCUGACACGGGAUACGGAAAAGCAGUGCUCUCGGAUGACUUCAUUAUAGAUCAUCAGCUCAAGGACGUGUUACCGGAUGGUGUGGAGUUGACCAGUAUGAAGAUUGCUACGGAUGCUGUUGAGGCAUUCUGCAAUGAACAAGCUAACACUGGGAGUACGCACGAUGACGAUUUGGUGGGGUUUCUAUUGGUCUUGAGAGGGAGAAAGAUUGCAAGGAUGGCAAAGCCACAAAAGGUACUCAAGACUUUGGGAAAGGCACUGACACGUGUGGAUGGCUGUUCGUCCAAGGACACGGCGUCCUUCUAUAAGGAGGAAGCAUUUGGUGAUCAUGCAACUGCUGAGAUAUGGAAGGAAGUUGUACUGAAUCCUGGAGAGGGCAUCAUCAUUCCACGGAGAUGGAUCCAUGCUUUCAAGAGUGACCCAGAUACAGUGGCGCUUUCGUUCAAGCUGAAAAGGCUGUGUUAG